AUGUGGGUAACAACAGAACAGCUGAAAAAAGAGAAAACUGAACAAAAUGCGAGAAAAAGAGAAGCAGUUGAAACAUCAACAGAAGCAGAUGUUAUCGCAAGUUUUGUUCAUAACAGACCGACUGAUUUGAAUGAUGUAAGUUGAAUAAUUUUUAAAUUGAAUCAAUUACACAAAUAAAUUCAGUUAGCAUUUGAAAGACAUUAUCGAGAAAGUAGAAGAGAAGCACCAAUUAUGACUGUUAGAGCAGAUGUAAGUUAUAAUUAUUUAUUCAGAAAUUCAAAACUUAUUUUUUAGGUUAGUGAAAAUGUUGUGGAAAUUGGAGAAGAAGUGAAUUGUCUUGAUGAAGGAUUUGAUUUUGCAGUCGCAAUUGUUGAUACUGUAACUGGUUCAGCUGUUUUCAAACCAGCACGUCUUUAUUCGUUCGAAAGCAAAUAUUCUGAAGAUGUUGAAAAAUUAAUUGGCCAAAAAAAUACAUCGAAAAAACCAAUUGAUUAUAAAGAGGAUUAUGAUAUCACAACAGAUAAAUGGGCUGAAAAAAGAAGACAACUUACGCAUAAUUUUGGAUCAUCGAAGAAAAUUAAAAUGGAUGAAGCUGCUCAAAGAAGAACUAUUAAACAAGAUACAUUGGAUGAAAUGAAAAAGACUGCAUUUGCAUCGAAUUCGAAUGUUAAAGAUGAAGAAGUUAAAUUAUCUGAUAUUUCUUUGGUUCAAAAAGCUGCAUCUUCUAUUUUACCACCUGCAGUUCAAGCGGAUUUAUCAAAAGAUAUUUAUCCAAUUUCAUUAUUCUUAUCUGAACAAGAAAUUGAAGCUGUUGCUGAUGAAGCACUUUUACUUAUGGAGAAAAAGCGAAAAGAAAAAAUUGAAGCUGGAAUUCCAGAACCAGUUGUUCUAAUUAUGUUCAAUGAACAUACUCGACAAAGAGCUUCUGCAUAUCUUCUUCUCGCAACAAUGGUUGAAAUUUUGCAAAAAUUGGGAAAAUCAAGAAGUAUUUUGCGAAAAGAAAUGAAUGAUUUGAAACUUCCAAAUUUAUUACGACAAAAAGUUCAAGCUGAAUAUUUUUCGGAAUCAACUUCGGAUCGAGGAUUUGGUGGAAAAGGAGCGGAAAGAGUCAAAUUGAAUACGGCUGAUUUUGAUCGUUUUAUCGCUUAUGCAUUAGCAUUAGCCCUUACCUUGGGUUCGUUAUUUUUGAUAAUUUUUUUUUUAUUUUCUGGAUAUAUUUGUAAAUUAUUGCAGCUCCCGAACACAAAAUACCACUUUCUCCAUUUCAAACGAUGUUCGCAAUCCCUCCAUCAAAAUUAGAAAAGGUUAGAAUUUAAUUAAUUUUUUUUAUUUGAAGAAUUAGAUUUUGGAACAAAAAAUAAUUUGGAAUAAUUCACUUGGGAUAACAAUUGAAAUCGAAUUUUGAUAAUUUUUGAUUUUUAUUGAAAAAUUUAAAAAUAUUUCGAACAUUUCUAAUAAUUUUAGAAAAAAAAUGUUUCCAGAUGCUCGAAGCUCUUGGUGCUGACAUUAUUCGUCUCGAUGUCACAACUGCUCAACAACUCAAAUCUUUACGCGGUGCUGUUUUAUUGAAACCACCUUCUGUUGAACAAAAACCGACAAGAAAAUUGAAAAGACGAUAA